AUGGGUAACUUUUACUCCGCGGGACGGGACCCGAUCUUCUAUUCCCACCAUGCUAAUGUGGAUAGAACAUGGUCCAUAUGGAAGAGCUUGUCCAUUAAUAAUAAGGAUUUCACGGAUAAAGAUUUCUUGAACACCUAUUUCUACUUCUAUGAUGAAAAUGCUCAGCCUGUAAAAAUCUAUGUUAGAGAUGUCUUGGAUACCAAGAAAAUGGGGUACGACUACCAGCCUCAGGACCUCCCUUGGUUGAAGUCAAAGCCAACUCCUAAGCGUAAUCGUCUCCCUAAGCCACUCAAGAAGGUGUUCUCCACCGUCAAGAAUGUCGUGAUUGAGUACUGUAAGAAACACGUUGAAUCUACUGCUGCAAAGUCUUCUUCUACUGAAGAUAGUUGUUCUUCUACUGCUAACACUUCUACUAAUGAAGAACUCAAAAAAUGGGAUAGUGAGUUUUAA